AUGCCAAGUCACAACAACUGCUGCAUAGUUGGGUGCAACGCGACCUACGCCAAUUCUCCGAGUAUCAGACUUUACAGUUUUCCAUGGAAAACCUACGAGAAGGACCGACGUGCAACUUGGAUCCAACUUGUUCGCCGAGAGACGAGCACUGGCAAGUUGUGGGAGCCGACAAAGCACUCAAGGAUUUGCAGUAAGCAUUUCGUGGGAAAUGUCAAGUCUGAUGAGGAGAGGCAUCCGGCUUACAACCCGUCCAUCUUCCCCGACGUGUACAGGAAGCGGUCGACUCCAUCGUCUGAUCGCUACGCAAGGGCUAAACGACGCAGGGAGUGUGGUGCCGUGAGCACCCAGAGCUUGGAGCCCACCGGGGAAGACGAGGGAGGCGAUCAUAACGAGUUUUCCGUGUGUCCUACAGAAGAUGUAUUUGAAAUGCAGGACCCUGAUAUGUGUACGUCACAUGAAGAUGAACCGCCACUGAAGGAGGCAUCUACAAUGACUGAAGAGUCAAGUGGAAGUUCGAGCAUUUCUGCCUUCUACUGCGAGCACUAUGACACGAGCGUCGCCGUUCAGGUCAGCAGUGUCUCCAUGGUUGACAACGGCAUCAGUUGUCCACAGCGUCAGUAUGAGACCAAGAGCACUGGCACAGCAUACAAGGAGCCAUACUUCGGAGGCUAUAAGUCCAUUGCAGAUAACGAGCAGCGGCUGAUUGACCUGACAGGAGUGACGCUCAUGGUUCUGUCCCUCCUGCAGAGCCUACUCCCAGACUCAGGACGCCAACCUCGAGAACUCCAUGUGAAUGACAAGCUUUUGCUCUUCCUCAUGAAGUUAAAGCAUGGGGUGCCCUUUUCGUGUUUGGCAUCUCUCUUCGGGAUACACCGAACGACAGCAGCAAAGGCAUUCAAGCAUGUCCUCUUUCAUGUCUGUGCAGCAACAAAAUCCUGGCUGUACUGGCCAAGCAAGGCUGCAGUACAGGCAACAAUGCCCCCAAGUUUUCGCUUGUUGUACCCGAAUUGCCGGAUAAUAAUAGACUGCACAGAAUUGAAAGCAGAGACACCAGCAGGGGUUCAAGCACAGAACCUCUGGUACUCCCACUACAAGGGGACGUAUACAAUGAAGUACCUGAUAGGAAUAGCACCGAAUGGUCUGGUGACAUUCUUAUCCCCAGGCUUUGGAGGAAGAGCCAGUGACACCAACAUUACAGUGGAAGCUGGUCUUCUACCACGGCUAGAGCCUGGAGACCUCGUGCUGGCAGAUAAGGGCUUCCCUGGAAUCCGGACUGGUGUUGGACAACAGAAAGCAACGCUAGUGAUGCCCCCGUUUGCCACGAAGCCACAGUUUACUGAGGCAGAAGUGGACGCAACGUAUGAAACUGCAUCUGUGCGGAUACAUGUGGAAAGGGUAAUCCAAAGACUGAGAAUCUUUGACAUUUUAAACCGAAGAAUUCCUCAUGACCUGGCAGAACAUAUGGACAAGAUAAUGCAUGUGAUAUGUGUAAUCACUAAUGUGAAACCAGGAAUCUUUCGUAAAAAUGAUGAAACAAUGCAAUUUUAA